AUGGCCUGGCAUGAUCUGAUCAACGCUCUCUCGGUGCCCUACAAGGUCCCUGGUGAAGGCUUCUGGGGCCCCAAGACGGUCACACUCAAUUUCUGUGAAGAGGACUAUGUCGUUACUCACUAUGUCGCAGAACUCUGUAACACAGUGACCAAUUUCCUCUUCAUUGUGCUUGGCGUCCGUGGUCUCCGAAUGUGCCUGCGUAAUCAGCAUGCGCCCAUCUUCGUCAUCGCCUUUCUUGGCUAUAUGACAGUUGGUCUAGCCUCGACCUUCUUCCAUGCCUCCUUGAAGUACUGGAUGCAACUAGCCGAUGAGCUUAGCAUGAUCUACACCACGUUCUUCAUGCUGUAUGCCACUUUUGCGUAUGACAGGUCUCCAAUCUUUCGUUUUCUACUUAGCAUAGGACUUGCUGCAACUGCCUGGUACAUCACAGCGAGAUACUAUGAGACAAAGGAUCCCCAGUUCCACCAAGACGCAUACGCGGUACUCACAGCCACGGUGGUGUUCUCGAACAUGUGGAUCAUGGAGUAUAGAGUGCGGCCACAACUCGAGACGCGAGAGAGAAUAGCCACCGGCCGUGCAGACACUCCCUCAAGCAAUGCUACCAUGACCCAGAUGUGGAAGAUGGUUGCGACUGGCCUGACCACCUUUCUGGGUGCCUGGGGAAUCUGGAACCUGGACAACAUUUACUGCAGCACCAUUACCAGCUGGCGCAGAAGCAUGCAGCUGCCCUGGGCUGUCGUCCUCGAAGGCCAUGCUUGGUGGCAUCUUGGAACCGGAAUAGGGGCGUACUACUAUAUCGUGUGGAGGAUCUGGAUCCACCGUUGUCUUGCAGGAGAGGAGGACAAGUUUCAGUUGCUCCUUCGGGAGGUCGAGACGCAAGCGAUCGCUGCUCAGCAGCAGAUCUCGCUGGUCAAGACGCAGCAGGCCUCGAAGCAGAGGGAGAUGCGCAUGGCCCAGCUCACACGCGCGGAGCUGUCUUCUCUGCCAAAGGACGUCGAUGUGUACGAGGGGGUCGGCAAGAUGUUCGUGGCAUUGCCAAUGUCCGAGAUGGACGGGAAGCUCGCUUCUCAGAUCAAGGACGCUGAGGGCGAGGUGGAGGGCCUCGGCAAGCGUCUCAACUAUCUCGAGAUCUCUCAGAAGAACAGCCAAGAGCAAAUAAUGCGCAUGCUCGGCGGUGCCAGCGCAUCGUGA